AUGUAGAUGCAAAAAAAAGAGAAGAAAAAUCCGACGCCUUCAAUCGAUCAAAGCCAAUAAACCGCACAAAAAUGCUCAAAUUUCCACGUGUUGGCUGAAAGGUGUCAUAUGCGAAAUUAACACAACAAUCAUUUCACACGCCCAUUUAUCCAACCAACCAACCAACCAACCAGCCAGCCAGUCAGCAGGUGGAAGUUACAUAUAGGCAGUAUGUAGAAGCCCCCUCAACAUUCACAUAAUUGAAUUGAAUUCAAUUUAAUCGAUUGCGUUUCGGUUUAUGUUGGCCAAAAGGACCCUCUAAUUGGGGCUGAUCGUGUUACGAUUGUCGGUUAGAUAUGAGCUGGAAAUUCGAGUGGCAAAUGAACAGAAAUUUAAACGAAUUUCGAACGGCAAUGAUUAUCGAAAUAUGAAUCAACGGAAAAUGAUUUAUUCUAUCAUGUAGUUGUGGGAAAUGUGUUUGAAAUUGAAUUAUAAGGGGGGGAGGUUUACCCUUAUGAAUUUGUUUAGAUUUUCUUGUUUUUGGUAACAAAUCAUAACACCUAGUAAGCCUAACAAAAUAACUCUGAGCUUUAUCAUUCCUUAACAUAUCUGAGAACCGAACAUAACUUACAACUACUACUAACUAAAAAAUAAACUAAAAUAAUAGAACAAAAACCCGUCAAGAUGCGUAUGCUGAAUAUUAAUCAAGUGGCUCCGGAUUUUUCGACCGAAGCAGUGAUAUCUGGUGGCUUCCGUAGCUGUUCCCUAUCGGAUUUACGUGGCAGAUAUGUCCUUUUAAUUUUCUAUCCGGCUGACUUUUCCUAUGUCUGCCCAACCGAAUUGCAGGCGUUUAGUGACAGAGCACCGGAAUUUCGUAACAUUGGCUGUGAAGUGUUGGCCUGUUCCACGGAUAGUCAUUAUGUACACUGCGCCUGGAUGAAUACACCACGUAAGAGUGGUGGUCUUGGGGAGUUGGAUAUACCAUUGCUGGCUGACAAGAACAUGAAGAUAGCCAGGGACUAUGGAGUACUAGAUGAGGCCACAGGACUGGCUUUACGGGCCUUGUUCAUUAUCGAUCGUGAGGGUCGUAUACGUCAAAUCACCGUUAAUGAUGUGGGCGUGGGUCGCAGUGUGGAUGAGGCAUUGCGUCUGGUUCAGGCCUUUCAGUUUAGUGAUGAAUUCGGUGAGGUUUGCCCGGCCAAUUGGCGUCCGGGUUCCAAGGCCAUGAAGGCUGAUGCAACCGGAAAGGAGGAGUACUUUAAGUACGCAUCUUAAACUAACAAUGAAAACUUGUCCAGCAGAUUGCAAGCAGUCAUUAUAAUAUAUUGAACAUGAAAAA